AACGCAAAGUUAUCAUGACAUGGAAGGUUUCUUAUUCGUUUCUUACUCGGUGAUUCAUAGUCGUCGUAAAGUAGGUCAUGGGAGCUUGAUGAGGCACUUGAGUGAACCUUCACAACACCUUCCAACGAGGUUACUACGUUUGAAACAACACAACUGUACAACCAAACACAUGAGAAUGAACAAGUCCCGUUCCUGGCAAGACGUUCCUCCCUUUCGAGAUGCCCCUGAACGAGUUCUUCAGCGAUCUUUCGAUUCGUUCUUACAAGAGUUGGCUUCCAUUCAAGAGCCAACUCCAAAGUGUUUGGGAAUCAUUGGCACUAGAAAUUGUUCACUUGGUCACCAACAACUGAUCGAGUUGAUAUCUUAUGCUAGUAUUUUGGUUGGAAACCACUUAUAUACGUCAGGAGGGGGUGGAACGAAUGCUGCUGCCAUACGAGGAGCACUUAGAGCCAACAAACCGGAGCAACUGACGGUUAUUUUACCUCAAAGUCAAGUUAAGCAGCCAGAAGAGAUACUUGCGCUAUUGAAAACGGUUCGAAAUGUACACGAGAUGCCUCAUAAUGAUGACUUGCCGUUGGAUGUGGCUUCUCGUCUCUGCAAUUCUGUGAUUAUAAGUAAGUGUCAACAAAUCAUUUCCUUUGCGUUUCAUGACAGCCAUGUUGUGUUGGAAGCUGUGAAUGAAACCAAAGCAUUGAAAAAAUUGGUUACGUUAUUCUACUUGGACUAAAAAAUAACAAUGACUUGGACAAGUUAGGUUGUUUUCAAUCUAAUUUCAAUACAGCUCCAUUAUAAGUCUUACGCAUUGCACACUGUAUUAUUUCCUCUAUUUCUACAACCAUAUCUGGUAUCCAAUUAUCUUGAUGUUCUCUUGCAAUAUUUACAAGUAAACGCAUAAAUCCUAAU